CAAGAACAGUUCUAGCGUCCUUGUCGGAAAACAGAUGUAAAAACAUAGGACCGUGGACAUCGUAGGGCAGGUGGGAAGGGUACACGAGGGCGAUGUAGAUAGAUGAUGGAUGGCUGGCAGGCGUAAGAUGCUGUUAGAUGCCAUCCUCAGCUCGACCUGCCCUUUCUCCUCCCCAUCCUGAUCUCCAUCUCCAUCUCGUCCUCGUUCGUCGUCGUCACUGCGCUUUUUCGAGGGCCACUCAUACAGCGCAUUUUACCUAACAUACCCCACUUCUGGCACGGUGGCAGUACUUCCAACCCCGUUAGAAAAGUUAUAGCCUCGUCACAUCUUCGCCUCAUCCCACCUGUCCCUUUCCACCCAUAAUCCACUUUUCCACCUUUUGACGCCCGGAAAAGGGUCUACGCCCGAUAUAUGGCCACGCUGACAAGAGACAGACACCUGGAGUCGGUCAACCAGGACCAUCACCCCGACUCGUUGGCCGCGUCUGUCCCCGCUCCCUUUCCCUCUACCUCUGUCCACGAAAAUAUUUACCACGACGACCUUCUCGAUGAGCUAGCGGAAGAGCAAGUCGACUACGGUGCGCCGGCUCCGAAUGGUCACCUCAAUGGCAAUCUGCAACAGCCAGGGAGCAGCUCAGAGCGGACGACAGAGGAGCAGUCGGCACACGGAACGGGAACAUGGGUACAGCGCGGUACAAAAUUCGUGCUUGAUCACACUCAACAACCUCCUCUCAAAUACGGACCACCUCACCACCCGAUGGCAGCCCAUCGUGCCCGACAGGCGCCACUCUGCACCCGUCGCGCCCUCCGUGUCCGCGCCCGCAAGCUCUAGCACCCUGCAGCCCCUUGCACACUCAGCGCUCCACACCAUCGUUCAGAAUCUGCGCAACGGCAGCCAGGACCAGGAAGCCGAAGUCGUCGCCGCCUCAACAGACGACGCCUCGCUGCUCUUUGAGCUGCGCGAGCGCGUGGACGUCAUCGCGCCCACGCUGGAGGAACACGACGCGCCCUUCGCAGCCGCGAUCGUCGCCCUCCUCACGGACCUCCAGCGCCUGGCCGACUCCCAUCCCCAUUCGCAGUCUCUCGACCUCCCAUCGUCACCAUCACAUUUCAUCCCGUCGUCAGACGCCAUGGCCGACUUCCGCAGACAUCUCAGCGAUCUACAAGCGCGGCGCACCUCGUCCACUGUUAGCCAACAAACCCAAACGGCAGCGAGUUAUGCGCCGCAGGGCGCCGCACUGUGGGAGUGCAUAGACCGCGACAUGGAAGCCGUAGCCGCGCUAUGCAAGACCCGCUCCGACUCCAUGGCGCCUCCGCAGCCACAUCCGAGCCACGAACACGAACACCUCCCCCCGCACUACGACGACACCUACGACGCGUUCGAGACGCCCCCCGAGUACUACGCCGGCGACACCUACACCCGCGCAUCGUACGACUCCACAUCCGACAAAAAGUCGCUCGCCACCCCGCACUCCCCCACGCACUCCGUGUCGAUGUCGUCCGUGAUCGCGAACGAAAAGAUGCGGCUCGACUUCGACACAAUGGCGCGCGCGAUCGACAGGCUGUACUCCGUCGCGCCGCAGCUGCACAAUCAGCGGGUUGAGCUCAAGCGCGCGAAGCUGGACGAGAUGGAGAACGCGCGCCGUGCGGGCGCGGAGGGGCGGGAGCCGGAGGAGCUGGAGUUGGAUCGGAUGCUCGAUCUGCUGGGCAAGGCGAGCGCGCGCAAGAUGGCGGAUCAGACGGUCGUCAUGGAUGGCGCGCGCAAGGUGCGGAUCGAGAGCGCGCAGAAGCAGUAUCAGAAAGAGCGCAACGCCUUCGUCGAGCACGUCAUGUCCAAGUCCGGCGCGGGGCGGCUUCACGGGCAAGACGCCGUGCGUGCACCGACAAAGAUGCAGGUGGAGCAAGGCGCGGACGUGGCCAUCUCGCUCCCCGAGUUCCUGCGCGAACCGAUGCCCGCGGCAACGCGCACGAUGGGCCGGGCGGUGUCCGGUUCGGGAUCGGGGGCGGGAACGUGGUCGGGGUCGGGGUCGCCGCUGACGCGGGAGAAGGAGGCGGCGAGGAAGGGCUCGCCGCCUGUUUUGGCGAACACUGGCGCGAGUGCGAGUGCUGGCGCCAGUGGCAGUGGUUGGACGGUGGGCGGCGGACACGGACACUCAAGGCUGCGCAGCCGGAGCAUGUCGGCGCCGUCGAUGGCGUGGUUGCGCCCGUCGUCGCGCUCGGGGAAGCGCACGCCGAAGAACGGGAGCCGGCCGACGUCCGCGAGGGGGCUGAUGCCGGACGAAGCGCGGGCGCCGCCGGCUGCGCUGGACGUGUCGUUCAUCGCAGAGUACCACGAGACGCUGAAGCACAUCCUCAUCUUCGUCUCUGUGUCGAAUAUCCCGCCUGGAUCGCCCAUCGAGGCCGAGGUGCUCCCCUGCACACCCGACAGCGCGACGGCGACGACGAGCUGGCUCGUCGUGCGCUCCGGUACCGCGUCGUCCCCGCCUCUGCCUCUCCCCGUGCGCGUGCCCCCGUCCCGUCCUGUCGUCUCGGUGUCAGAGCACCACUUUGAGCUCAAGCUCAGUGUCCCCUCCGGCUCGGGCUCGGGAUCAGGCCCGGGAUCAGGGUCGGGCGCGGGCGCGGGACAGGGCUUCGCGGAGCACGACGACCCGCCGGCGCUCAUGAGCGCCUCGCACCUCUCCCGCGCCAAACCCACAUCCUUCGCAUGCGCAUCGUGCUCGCUCCCGCUCGUGCACCCGCCUCCACCCGCCUCUGGUUCCACCCCUAAUUCCACAACAGGAGGAGGCGGCGGCGGCGGCGGAGGCGGAGGGCAAGGCGGAAUAGCGUACAGAGACCUGCCGUCGGAGCACUGGGAGGAGCUCGUGGACGCGUGGAUGUGCCACGCGGACCAGACGCUCAACGAGCAGGUCGCGCGCACGGGGCGCGACGGGUUCUGGCCGACGGGGCCGGGCGUGGCGCUGGUUGGCGGGAGCUAUGUGCUGUUUCAUGGCGGGGUGGUUGCGUGUGGGAAUUUGGCAGCGGGGGAUCUUGAGCCGAAGGGCGACGAUGACCGACGCCUGGUCCGGUGCCUCUGCGGUGCAGUCGUAGGGCGGGUGCACGACCGCCACACUGCGGACGGCUCGUCCGAGCGCAUGUUCCGCCUGUACAAGUACGCCAUCCGCCCGAUCACUCCUUCAGCUGGCCUGACUAAAGUCCCCCUGUCCGCAUUCGUCCUCGAGGACAUGCUCGAGCACGUUCGCGCACACGCGACGUACCGCUUCGUGCUCUUCGACGAGGAAGAAGAGCGCCCGCGGAUGCUCGUGUGGCUCUUCAAGCCGCGCAUCCGGCUGUCGUAUAUGCUCCCCACGCCGUACUUCCUGCGCAAGAGCGGCGCGAUCGACGCGAGCAAGGUGCUGUACAAGAUCCUGGGGCCGGCUGAGCCGGCCGUCGAGCUGACAGAGCUGCUGAACCGGUAUCCGGGCUUUCCGCAGGCGGAGCACCUCUAUUACCCGCUGGGUGUGUGUCGCAAGCUCGCGGGCUUGCUCUCGGAGAGCAAGCACUCGUACCCGCAGAGCAUGCGGAGUAUGACCGGGCUCGAUGUCGGGUGGCUCCACCGCGCUUAGACGUCGUCUUUUGGCUUUCUUUCGCCUUUGCCUUUACACAUCGCCAGUCGUUCCAUUUGCCGCAAUAUUCUGGCAUGCAUCGCUUCUGCAAUUACAACCACAUCACACGCAUGCCUAUUUGGUUUGGAAGAUGUUUCUUCAUUCUCUCUUUGUCUUCCCUUGUGCAUCUUGUUGUGUCAACUCAUCAUCCGUGUAAAUUAUCGCAUGUACCAUGACGGAUAUUUCUGAGGUGCAAUAGAGGUAGCUAGAUGGUUUCUCUAAAUGUAUGGAGGGAAGAUGCUAUUACGAUGCCCAAAGCACGAACUUUCACAAAGCGUGACAAGGGGAUAUGUGCCCAAAUCGUUUAUCCCUCGUUGGCCUCGGCCUCUAGUAUUUCGCGCUCGAGCCGCGCUCGCUCAGCCUCGCGCAUGCGAAGUAACGUCAUCGACUCAAAGUCGAGGCCGGUGGGUGGAGGCGCUGACGGCGCUGACGGCGUCGUAUCAGGAAAGGUACUCGGGAAUGAGCUGAACGGCGCGGAUGAUGACGAUGAUAACGAGUGCGGUGAUGAGCUUCUGGGCUUAGAGGAGCCGUUGGCGCCAUUGAAGGGCGGUGGCGAAGUGCUUUCCUGCGCUGGAGCUGGAGCGGGCGACGACGCUCCCUUCGGCUGGCCGCCCAGCGCCCCGCGUUUCCGGAGCCAGCCCAGUAUUGGAGGCUCAGAUCCACCCGCCCAUGCGACCUCCAUAUCCAGUAGAGUGUUUCCAGUGACGGCGGCGUAGGCAGAGGCGAGCUGGGCGAACGGAACGAGCGCGGUGACGAUCAUCGAGCCUUCUUCUCCUGCGCCUGUGUCUUUCGCCUUCGACUUCUUCUUCUUCGCCUUCUUCGACAUCACCACCGAGUCCUUGUCGACCGCCCCGAUCCUCGAAACGUGCGCAGCGAGCGCCUCGCCCGUGUCCAGCUCAGGAUGCUUCUCCGCCGCGUACUUGAUCCGCACCGUCGUAUCCAGCGCCCCAAGCGGGGGCGGCACAUCCUCUUCCUCUUCCUCCUCCUCCUCCCUCUCCCUCCGCGCCUGCUCUCCAGCAACAGCCGACGCCCGCUCGCGCUCCUCGCGCAGCCUCUUCCCCUGCUCCAUAAUCCUAUCGUUCUCAUACUCCCGGCGCUGCCUCUCCUCGCGCGACACCCGCGCGCGCUUCACCGCCUGCUGCUCGCGCUCCUCGAGAUCCGCAACCAUCUCGCGGCGCUUCUUGUCGAACGACGAAAACCGCGCCUUCUUCGCCGCCUCCGCGCGCAGCUGCGCGUCGAGCGCGAGCCGGCGGAGGGGGUCGAGCAGGAGCGCGGAGGCGAGGGUGAGCUCGUGGAAUUUCUGGGCGGCUUUUGGGUCAUUGCGAUUCCUGUCUGGAUGGACCUUGAGCGAGCGAGAGCGGUAUGCGGUCCUGAUCUCAGCUUCAGUCGCCUGAUCAGAGACACCGAGGAGCUCGUAGGCAUUGGGCUCCUUCUC